AUGAUCACAUUUAUUGUGGACUCCACUGUUGAUCCCAAGCCAUACAAGUCAUUAUCAUCAUCAACGUUCAAGUAUUCAUCACUCAUCCCUGAUGGUGAUGAGCAGUUGGACUUUAAUCAAAGAUUUCUACGACAUUUCAAAGGCAUUGAUGUUGUUGAGCCAACAGUGAUCAAGUCCAGCCUUAGCGUGGACCCAACAUCAAUCCAAAGAAUUGGAAACAACUCAUUCAUUCGAUCAGCUUUGUUGGCAUAUAGUCAACAUCUUCAUCUUGUGGUUCGACCCGAUGAUGUGUGGCUUGCGCUGAUCACUCAGUUCUCAUUCUACGUCAAUGCCAACUCAGAGAUGUUGAGAUCAAUGUUUGUAUCAUUCGACGACAAGAGCGAACUAAUAGUUCGUACAUAUGGCACACUCUUCACUGCACCCUUUGAUGAUGUGGCCAAUCAGUUCGCUCAACAGAUUGCUGGGAAUAUCAAGGAUCCAUCGAUAAGAGAAUGGGUGUUACCAGACUUCACAACGACGACCAACAAUGAUCGUGUUGUUGGUGCAUUCGCAUUGAUGUCCACAUUGAAAUCAUACUUUGAUUACAAAAUGAAGACUGAAUGUGGACUGCCCAAAGUGACCAUGAUGGGCACUGUGGACGACUGGAAACAAGUUCGUCAGCGUGCUGAACGAUUGAUCGAGUUCGAUCUCAAGGACAAGUUGAUGUCCAAGUGGCUAGAUAUGCUACUUCCUGUGUUGGACAACUUGGUUAUGUCAGCCGAGGGCAAGGCUGACACUGGUGAAUGGAUUGGUGACGAAAGGAGUUGGAGAGAAACAGUCUUUGAAUUACAUGGAAAAGAGAAGAACUCAUAUACAUACAAGAAUAUAUUUCAUCCAACACCAUGGCCAGUGAUGGACAUUGGAGAUAUUGCCAGAGGAUAUAUAUCAUGUCCACUCAAGGUCAUUGAUGGUGGCAAGGAGUACCAAACAGACAUCUAUGCAGGUCACAUCAUAUCUAAAUUCACGGAUGGCGACACAACAAUCACUCCACAACUUGAUUGGUGUAUCUUAUUGAAGUCACAAGAGGACAGUACCAAUACUAAUUGA